UCUGUCCCGCCCGCUCCCCGAAAGUGAAAGUGGAAGCGCGGGGGGGCGGGUCGGGUAUUUCCAUGCCUGCCUCGCCAGCCGCCAUGACUUCGCUCGCCCCCGUGGGGGCCCUGGCCCUGCUCCUGCCCGGGUUCGCUCUGUGUCUGGCUGCGGCGGGGCCCCCCCGGCUGAACUGCUGGUUCGUGGAGGAGGCCGGGGGGGGCGUGGGGGUGAUGCCGAGCUCCGUGACCCAGCGCCGGGCGCUGCUGCUGCUGCGGGGGGUGAGACGGGGGCACUCUGAGACGGAGCCCGAGCUGCCCCCCGACCUGGAGCCAGGCAUGGUUUUUGACAUCGCUGACCCUGCAGGGGCCCUGCACCGUGUCCCCCUCCCAGCAGGGGGGCACCCCAAGGAGGGGGAGCUACCAUCCUGUGAGAUCAACGCCUACACGCCACAGGAGGCCCACGUGCCCUGGGCGGCCGGCCUGACCCCCGAGCACCGCAGCCCCGUGGGCCUGGGGGGCCCCUGGUUCAUCAGCAGCAUCCAGGCCUCAACCAGGGGCUACGGGGUCAGCACUGUCCUCAAGAGCGAGGAGGCGGCAACGUCCCAGCAACCGGCAGUCACCAUGGCAACUGCGGUGUUGUCCGUGUUCUCCCGCACCCCGCACCUGCACUCCCGCCUGGGCCGGGACGUGCUGCUGGACUGUGGCUUCACGGCACCAUCCGGCCCCUUCUCGGUGGAGUGGCGGUACCAGUACCGGGGUGCUGGGCGCGUGGUGCUGGCCUAUGACGGGGUGUCAGGCCGGGCCCACGUGGCCGAGGAGGGGGCGCAGCUGUUCCUGGAGGAGGGGAGGGCAGGCGCAGACACCAACGUCUCGCUGCGACUGCCCCGGGUCGGGGUGCGGCACGAAGGAACCUACAUCUGCACCAUCUACCUGCCCCACCUCCACGCCCAGCAGGCCCUGGAGCUGCGUAUCACUGAGCCCCCCGUGGUGACGCUGCGCCCUGACCCCCUAUCGGUGGCCCCCAGGGCACCAGCCGAGCUGGUCUGUGAGAUCUCUGGCUAUUACCCGUUGGACGUGACGGUGAGCUGGCUGCGCCGGGGCCCUGGGGAGGCAGGGGGCGACCUGCUGGAGUACGUGACUGAGUCCUGGGAGUCAGGGCACCGGCGUGGCCCCGACGGCACCUACAGCCUGAGCAGCUUCGCCCGCCUGGCGCCCGUCCAGCCCCGCGACCACGGAGCCACCUACAGCUGCCACGUGACCCACACCGCCCUGGCCACCCCUGCCAGGAGGAGCGUCCAGCUCCGUGUAGCAGGUGCCACGGGCCCCUCCCUGGAGGACGCCAUUGGGAUGUUCCUAGCUGCGUUCCUGCUCUAUGGGCUCUUCCGCCUCCUCGGAAACAAAGUCUGUCCAUCCGGCGCUGAAGAGAAAAGCAAGAAAUCAGAGUGAGACGUGCUCAGGGAAGCUGAGAUUUUGGGGGCUGAUCUGUGACCCCCAGAAUAAGAUUGUGAACCUCAGGACAGGAACCAGAGUUGGGGGGGCUUAAUGGUCAAUAAAGGGUUAACUUCCUCUCCAGUCCCCCUGCCCUCCGCCUCCCCUGCUGCUUCCCCACCCCCUUUUGGGCUGGUCUCCCCACAGCACCCGCCUCCCCUGCUGCCGGGGUCCCUCCGCCUGAGCCCCCCACCCCCAUCUGUGCUCCCCCUGCCUCCUGCCUCUCCCUGGGGGGUCGGGCAAGUGGCCUGUUUAAGGUGGGGGGGCUGUUGGUCUGCACUGCUAUACGGGGGCUUUGGCCCCAGAAAUAAAAAUGUUUUGCUGUGACCACCUAA